GCAACGCCUGUGGAUCACUAUCACACCACAAGCCAAGCCCCACAUUCCUCGACCCUGGCACAUUCAAAAUCUCUCCUUCGCUCCCGUACUUCCCGUGUCGUCUUCGCAUGCUUUCACGUCUGUUCAUUCUUGAAGGAACCCCUAUCCCUCCUUCUUCCCCUUCCCUUCCCUUCCCCCUCCCCUCCUCUCCUCCAUGUGCGAAACAUCGGAACUCUAUCGUUUGGGAAUGCUGCAUGGUCACGCGGGAGCUUCAUCUUGAGCACGUCCGUGUGUGUGGACCUUGCUGAGCCGUCGCUUGAAGUCUUUCCAGCUGAGUGGAGCUUACUGCGAGCUUAAUGGGAUAAGAGCGUGUGGAGGACGUAACUAGAGCAACGUGGUAAAUUUGAGAAUUUGAGGCGGGCAGAAGACCCACAGUAGUUGAGGAGCGAUGGUGCAGAAGGAUUUAAAUGGAAUGGAGCAAGGCAAUGGUAGCGGUAGUCGUGAUUUAGAGAAACCACUAUUGGCGAAGAAGGAAAAGGAAGGAUCCGAGGAACCUAGGACUUCGCACCACCGGAGACACACUCUGAGAUCGAGGAGGGAUGCCGUGCUGCCAAAUUCAGGAUAUGCUAUUUUCUCUACCCUUAUGGUAGCCCUUGGCCCAUUGGCUCUGGGAUUUGCUAUUGGCUACACGUCUCCAACUCAAGUUGCAAUAAUCAAGGAUCUGAAUUUUACGAUUGCACAGUUCUCGACAUUUGGAUCUAUCCUGAAUGUAGGUUGUAUGAUUGGCGCAAUUUUAAGUGGUCGCAUAGCUGACUACUUUGGGAGGAAACGAGCACUAUUGCUAGCUGCUCUCCCUUUGCUAGCCGGAUGGAGCCUUAUUGUAUUAGGCAAGACUGCCACUCCCUUGAUCAUUGGGAGGAUUCUUAAUGGGUUUGGAGGAGGCAUCAUCUCUUUCUCUGUUCCUAUGUAUAUAGGAGAGAUUGCACCGAAACAUUUGAGGGGCACUCUUGGAACCAUGAAUCAGCUUGCUAUCACUAUCGGAAUUACUCUUUCAUACGUCUUCGGCAUGCUCUUCAAUUGGCGUGUUCUUGGUUUACUUGGUUGCAUACCAGAGGUCUCGUUGAUUGUUGGACUUUUAUUUAUUCCCGAGAGCCCUCGCUGGCUGGCUAAGGCGGGUAAGAAAGAGGAGCUAUCAUUAUGUCUGCAAAAGCUGCGGGGUAAAGACUUCAACACCACCCAAGAAAUCGCGGACAUUCAAGCCGCAAUGGAAGCCUUGAAUGCUCUGCCCAGCGUUAAAUUGAGCGAUCUGAAGGAGCGGAAACUAUCCCGUCCACUUGUUGCUGGAAUAGGAUUGAUGGUUCUUCAACAAUUCUCUGGUAUCAACGCUUUUAUGUUAUACUCCAGCGGAAUCUUUGCUACUGCUGGUGUAUCAAAUCCAGAUAUAGCCUCUGUCGCUUUGGGUACUCUACAGGUGUUUAUGACCCUUGCUGCAGCUGGACUGAUGGACAAAGCUGGAAGACGUAUUUUACUCAUGAUUUCUGCUGGAGGCAUGGCCCUCAGCUGCUUCCUUGUGGGAUUUUCCUUCUACUUGCGGACUUUGCAACCAGAGAAGAUGUCAGAAGCGUUGGACACCUUCAUUUGUGAGCUGGCACUUGUUAGCCUUCUGGUUUAUAUCGCAACUUUUUCACUGGGAAUUGGUGCAAUUCCAUGGAUUAUCAUGUCCGAGAUCUUCCCUGCACACGUCAAGGGAAUAGCUGGAAGUGUUGCUACUCUGGUUAAUUGGUUUUGCGCUUAUGCUAUUACCAUGAUUUUCAAUUACAUGCUUCUUUGGAGCGCAAUAGGGUCUUUUUGGUUAUUUGCUGCGGAAUGUAUUGGCACCGUAAUAUUUGUUGCGAUGUUCGUACCCGAAACCCGUGGCCGCACUCUGGAACAGAUUGAAGCUUCGUUCAAGUGAAAACCCAACGAAGUGAAUUUGCUGUUGCCUUAUAAUCUAAUCCUCAGCCACACCAGGAGUUGCGCCAUCAGCGUUAAGACGAGGCAAGAGGAACUUGGAAGGAGAUCCAUAGUUCAGUUACUCCGAAUCAGACGCCAGUACCCAGUUCAAGUAUAUCUAUCGUCCACAUGAUUGCGUCUAUUCUCCCAUUCCGAGGAGAAAGGCUGUUACUCAGUCUAGUGUUAGCAAGCAUUCUUUGCCUCUUGGUUUAUUGAUUUAACCCCUAUUUUUUAUGGUCCAUCGUGUCCAUAGUUUUUAGUUUCCAAUCGCUCGUCUUCUUUCUUACCUUCAGAUCUGUUGGGACAACUGUUUGGCAAUUUGCACGCUCUGCACAGAUAAAGUGGCAGAUGGUUGUCACGGUAUAUUACCCAAAUAUGAUUAAUGUGCCAAGGCUAGCUUGGUAGGACUUGUAGGCGAGAAAAUGAUUCUUUCAGAGGAGUUUGAGUUGUUGACGAGUCUGAACUGGUAGUAUGCAUGAGAUUUUUUUUGAAUUAGAGUUAGUCUUAUUACAGAUAUAUCUCUUGGAGGUCCAACUCUAGUUUUGGACCCAUGCAACUUCUGAUUCGGAUUUCUAUCUUCUUUAA